UAAUUCGCACAACGAUAACAUUUUGAAAUCUUGUGCUCGAAAAUAUUAUUAUACAAAAUAUUCCAUACUUUACAGAGUUCACGUUUCUCCAUAUCUUCAAACUUGAGUUCUUACGUAAGUGUGUUUAUUCCCAUUCUGAAUUAAAAUUAGAUACAUAUUGUUAAAUGUUAGUGAAAAAUGAUGGACGAUAGUACCGACGAAAUCGUUUUAGAUGACUUUUGCUACACUGAUCUUCAAAAAAAACUGAACUGUGUAAAAAAAAUCAUUGUUGAUUCAAACUAUGAAGGAGAUAAAGAAUUGUCCAUUAACAGAUUAUUGCAGGACUGUUUACAAAUGUUAAAUAAUGGAAAAAUUGCACUGGAAUGCAUGGAAAAAGGACCUUGUACAUCAAGUAUUAUAGUACCUGAUCUCAUAUCAUAUGAAAAAGGUGUAAUUGCAUCUUUUAAACAUUGUUCAGAAAGUAAUGUGAUUUAUGGAAACUUUAUUAAUAAUGUAAAACAAUUGCUUACGGAUUUGUUCAAAAAGACAUCAGCAGUACAGAUAUUGUUUUUCAAUAUUAUAGAAAAAGUUACAUUUGAUUUAACACUUAAAGGAGAUCAAGAUUUAUUGCUUAGUGUGUUACAGCAUAUUUGGUAUGGUGCUGAAGCAGUAUAUAAUGCAAGUAAUAAAAUUAUGGCUACUAAUUGGAAAGUUUAUAUUGCUAUGUCACAGAAAUACUCAGUAGAACUAAAAAAAAAUAUAAUAAAUGAUGAACCAAUCAAUUUUCUUUGCAAUGAAAUAAAGAAAAAAGUGUUAUCCUUUCACCAUAAUGAUGAAGUUACAUUAAAAUUAUCCACGUAUUUGAUGAGUGUUUUAGUAAAACUUUGCUCAUCUGGUUGUAUGUUAGAAUCUCAUAAAAUGUUGGUUGAAUUUAUUUUAUUUCUUAAUUGCUAUUGGUUAUCAGAUUCACAAGAUGUCAUUACUAUUAAAGACAGAUUAUCACAAUUUGUUGAUCAACUAGUGUUGAUAUCAGAUGAAAUGUUCAUAAAGGUAUUUCAAUUAAGUUGUCAAGAUAUAAUUAAUAAGAAUACAGCAAACCAAAAAAUAUCUGCACUAUACAUUGCAAUGUUGUUAUUAAAACGUUUAAUCAAAACACCAUGUAAUCAACAAGCUGAUGAAACAAUUGAUAUUGUUUUUCAAUUGAUAAAAUGUAUUGAUCCAGUAAUGUGUUGUUAUAACAUAGAUAUCUAUGACCCUUUACUAAUAAAUUUAGCAUCAGUAAUCCUUAUGUCUGAUUACAAAUUAUUCGAAAAGGUUGAAAAAAUUGUAAUUGAAAAUAUUCUCAAUACUGAGUACUGGUCAGCAAUGUUUAGUAGUGACUUAUGGAUUAUUAUAAUGAGGUAUUUACCAUCAGACAUGCGUAAUGUACAGUUUUCAAAAUUAGCUAAACUCUAUGAAAUGUUGGUUGAAUUUCCAUGUUUUACUCAGUGUCCACAACAUAUUUAUCUAGAAACAUUGUUGAGGAGACAUUACUCCCUAUUAACCGAUAAAAAUCAACUACUGAACAUUUGCCCUCAGCUCAAAACUGAAAGUCUGAAAUCUGCUAUUGGAAUACUUCAUGUCCCAACACUUACAAAAUAUAAUUGUUUAUCGGAAUUGGUAAAAAUAAUUACUAAGUUACCAGAGCAAAAAAAUUAUGAACAAUUAAAUGGGGAUAUAAUAUAUUUAUGGAAUUGUAUUAAAGAUGAAUAUCCAAAUAAUUUUUUAUGUGCUUUAAUUGAAGUUACUAUUGGCUCUGAAAAGAUACUCAAAACAAUUCUUCCUAAGAUUAACACAAUUAUUAGUGGACAUAACUACGAAGACACCACAGAAAUGAAACGCUGUAGACUUCGAUUAAUUCGAUCAAUAUUAUUGCACAUACCAACAUUUGAAGAAAAUCUUAUUCUGGAAAUUUUUUUCAAAUAUCUAUUUGACCAACAUCCAUUAGUACGGCAAUGGACUGUUGAAACUAUAGUGUAUUUUUCUAGUGUUACUGGAAAUCAAAACUUGGUUUCUAUACUCUUUAAACGACCAGAAAUUAGAAGUGUUAUAACUGACUAUUUAAAAAUGAAAACCAACCUUACUUAUAAUCAUAAUGAUAUUGAAAAAUACUUUAAACAAUUAUCGCUAUGUGGUAAAUUUCAACAUAAUUGUUCAUUUAAUGGCCAGUUAAACAAGAUGUUAGAUAAAUUAAAAACUGAUAUUGAUUGUUUAAAUGACAUUGUAUGUAAAACUAAAAUGUCAGCAGAUGAGUUGGAAAGAUUAAAAGAAUAUUCCUCUCUUUUAAAUAAUAUUUGUGAAGCAAUGCAAUUUGAUAUUGAAAAUGUAUAAUAUUUUUUUAAAAAUGAAAUGUU